UAAACAGAGGACAGUUAAAUUUAAACAAUCUUGAAAAUGGCAACUUCUGUAAAUUCAGUUGAUAAUAGUUCAGAUUUAGUGAAGGAUUAUUUGUGCAGCACUUGUGAAAGUACAAAUUUUGAAACAAAUGCUGAAUAUUUUUGUGAAACUUGUUUGAAGUGUUUUUGCACAAAAUGCCUUCAUCUUCAUGAUCAAUUAUAUGUAAACCAUUUGAAAUAUGGAAGAGGAGAACCAAAUAAAUGGCCUCUAGCAAAAAAACAUUGAGGAUUUGCUACUUAAAUGUGAUAUUCAUAAAAACAAGAAACUGAAAAUGUUCUGCCAGGACCACAGUCAGCUUUGCUGCUCUGAUUGUGUUUUACUGAAUCACAGACAGUGCACCAAUCUUGCUCUUACUUCUGAAUCAGUCAAACAGCUGUCAGUGGAUAUGCAGCAGUUGUCAAGCAAAAUUCAAGCUAUUCUUGCUGAACUAAAUAAGUUAAAGAAAACACAAGAGGAAACUAUCCUGUCCGUGGAGGGAUCAUACAGUCAAAGACUUAAAGAAAUUACAGAGAUGAGUAAGAAAUUAAAUGCUGCUUUGGAUAGACUAGAAAAUGCAACCUUGAAAGAACUGCAAGAAAUUAGGACCAAAUUGCAAAUCUCUCUAAAGUAAUAUGUUGACAACUGUAGCAGACUGAAGGACGAACUUCAAAAUCUUGGUGAAACUGUACAGGGCCUUCAUGAUAAGAGCAAGAAAGAAAUGGAAAUCAUAGCCAGCAAGAAAUGUACCAACAAAAUACACAAGUGUGAGUCAUAUCUGAAGGAGAACCAUGUGAAGGUUCAGAGUUCGAUAAUAUUCAAGGCAAACAUAAACAUUGAGCAGUACCUGUCUCAACAGGCAAGUCUAAGAAGUAUUGUAGACAGUAUGAAGUCUCUCUCAGUGGUGAUGAAUCCAGUCAAGGUGUUGGCUGUGAAGAGGAAGUCCAAGUAUAAUGUUAAAAUAUCAAAAGACUCAAUGCAGAGUCACAUCAGAGGCAUUUGUAGCCUACCAGGUGGUCAGGUUAUUGUUUUAUAUCAUAAUAAUAAUAAUAGAGUGAAGAUGUUGGACAAGAAUUUUAAUGUGUCCAGUCACUGUGAUGUGUCUGGUGCUCAAUGGGACAUUUGCCUUAUAACAGCCAGUGAAGUGGCUGUGACUCUUGACGAUGCAGGUGUGCAGUUUAUGUCUGUGAGCAAUAUGCAGCUGGUGAAUGGGAGGAAGUUACAGUUGCCACAUAAAGCUGUUGGCAUUGCCCACCAUCAGGGGGCGCUGUAUAUCACCUCUAGCACUGCUCUCUACCACUACACACUGACUGGGACACUAGUGAAAAAGCUUUAUGAGGAAAGAGGUGGUGAAUACACAGUGUUCAAAUGUGCAGUUAGUCCUGCUGGUGACAAGAUCUAUGUCACCAACAGGACCAAGUGACAAGAUCUAUGUCACCAACUGGACCAAGUGACAAGAUCUAUGUCACCAACCGGACCAAGUGACAAGAACUAUGUCACCAACCGGACCAAGUGACAAGAUCUAUGUCACCAACCGGACCAAGUGACAAGAUCUAUGUCACCAACCGGACCAAGAACAAGCUCCUCACUCUGACUACAGAUGGCACCCUAAUAUCCACCUUCACGGACCCUGAACUAAGUAGCCCACAGGCUGUACAUGUUACACCUUCAGAACAAGUGCUUGUCUGUGGAAACUACUCCAAUACUCUCAGGUGGAUCGUGAUGGAAGAAAAAAACUGGCAACUCUGGCUUCACAGAAAGAUGGACUGAGCUACCCAAUGUCUGUCUGCUACAAUGCCAACACUGACCAGAUCAUUGUGGAUAUGGAUGAUAACAUCAUUGUUAACCAGGUUUUCCGAAGGAAAAAACUGGUUAUUAGAUUGGCGAAUGCGGGCAGGCUGGCUGGCUGGCGGGCUGGCGGAACAAGCUUGUCCAGGCCAUAACUAUGUCGUUCAUUGUCAUAUUUUAAUAUCAUUUGGCACAUUUGUUCACCAUCAUUGGACGGUGUGUCGCACGAAAUAAUUACGUCGAUAUCUCCAAGGUCAAGGUCACACUUUGAGUUCAAAGGUAAAAAAAUGAGCUUGUCUGGGCCAUAACUAUGUCAUUCAUUGUGAGAUUUUACAAUUAUUUGGCACAUUUGUUCACCAUCAUGGGACGGUGUGUCGCACGAAAUAAUCACGUCAAUAUCUCCAAUGUCAAGGUCACCACAACUUAAAAUAGAUUCAUUUUGAAACAAACUUACAAAGGGGGUUAAUUUUGUUUGUUCAUUUCAAAAGUUCAGUUUGAGUUGUCUCCCUUAAUCAGAUUUUUUUUCACAAUGAAAACCUGGUUUUGUGACAAUUUUGUCCCUUGUUUUGGAUUUGCAAUAGCUUUUCAUAUAUAUAGUUAUUCCAAUGUAUCCUUUAAAUGGCCCAAUUAAUUAUCUAAGAAUUUCACUGUCAAUUGUCAUUUAUUCAUGAACUUCAUGAAUUUACUUAUGAACUUAAUGAACCAGUUCAUGGAUGGACAGAAUAUUCAUGAAUAACACAUAAGUAUUCAUGAACUCCACAUUCAUGAACUUGAAACAGGUUUGUGAACUUAAUAAAUUUAUUCAUGAACUUCAUGAACUUACAUCAUGAUCUUCACAAACCAGUUCAAGAAUGGAAAAAUAUUUAUGAAAAACACAAGUAUUCAUGAACUCCAAGUUAAUGAACUUGAAACUGGUUCAUGAAUUUAUUAAUGAACUUAUAAACUUCAUGAACUGAUUCAUGAACAUAAUAUUGCUAUUUUUACAAAGGAAGAAUAUUGUGUGCACAUGAAGUUGAAACGGAAGCAAGCUGAAUGAAGCCACAUGGUUUAUUUUAUUUGAAAAUGUAAGUCUUAAAUGAAUUACUGGCUAAACUGAUCAGCCAUUGGUUCCAUUUCAAAUUCUUUGGCAAUGUGUUCACUUGUGUUUCCCAAUUUUUGCUACAUUGUAUCACUCUUUCCUUUGCUUUAUGAAUGUUUUUGUCAUCAACAGAAUCAGAAGCAUAACCAAUCAUUUCAUACUCAUUAACUGUUCGCCAACAUGCCGAUGAAGUGUCAGCAAUUCUAAUGAUUUUAUUACAAUGUUGAAUUUUAUCUUUAAGUUCUAUCAGUUUACCAGGAAUAUCGCUCCUGUAGAUUUUAAUGACUGUGUUAAAUAAGCUUUAGUACAUAACUUUGUUGGGUUAUUCUUCGUCUUCAUCUUUAAAAUGAAAAUCCUCAAAUCAUACAAUGUUAAU